UGGUUGAAGCACAGGUGAUAACAUCUAUCUAAGUGUUGAAUACAGCUUCAAGAAAAUAUAGAGUGGACCCUUCAACAAUAUGCUGAGACCAGCAAAACAUAGAAGUCUACUACCAAUUAGGAAACGUAUAUUGACUCCUAUUCGUAACUUUCUAUGGCCAUCAUCCUUGUUGGAUCUGGUAGGGUCCAUACUGACAGUUGCUUUCAUCACUGUAACGAAACUGUCAAUCUUUGAGAGUUGUCGAAUGCUACUCUGGGGCAUUGGCGAUUAUAUUUAUAUACAAGAUGACCGAACAAACAUCGAAAAUCAGCUAAAGCUGUCGGUUGUAUUGGGAACUUUGAUCUUCGCCGGCCUCGUUUACAUCCGAAAGGUGCUUCUUAGAAUAUUACUGGCUUACAGGGGAUGGCUAUACGAGCCACCAAAGAAUACCUCAAAAUGGACCAUUGCCUGGAUGUUGUCCAUUCGAGUUUUAGGAGGUUGGAAGCCGUCCACAUAUUCUUGCCAAUCGAGCCUUCCGCGCAUGCACGUACCACUCUUGAGUUCUACAAUUAGGAAGUUUAUGAAGUCAGUGAAACCAGUCUUAAGCAAAGAUGAAUACGAGCAAAUAAAAAAAGAAGGAAAGGAAUUUACAAAAUCCCAAGGAACGAGCUUACAAUUCAUGUUGAAUUUAAAGGCGUGGUGGUCACCCAGCUACGUAUCCGAUUGGUGGGAAAAAUACGCAUAUUUGGCUUCGCGUUCACCUCUUCCAAUCAAUAGCAACUUUUAUGGUCUUGAUAAUUUCUCUGUCCAUGCGACUGGAAUCCAAACAGCAAGGGCCGGUGCGAUAGUACAUUUUUAUUUGCUCUUCAUGCUGAUGUUGGAGAAUGGUCAGAUACCUGCAACCAUGAUUCAAAACGCAAUUCCAUUGUGUAUGAAUCAAUACAAACGCUGCUUCAGUUCAGCUAGAGUUCCAGGUGAAGAAAUUGAUGAAAUUAUUCAUGUAGAUAUAUCUGAAUCUAAGUUUUUCGUGGUAAAUAGGAAAGGCGUGAUGUAUAAGGUUGACAUGUUUGAUAGUAACGGAGAGCUGCUCUCGCCCAAGUCUAUACAGGACCAAUUGGAGUGGAUAAUUGAUGACGCAGAGCGCCACCAAUAUGCUGCGACAUCAAUGGCUUCACUCACGGGACUGCAACGUUCUGAUUGGGCACAAGUACGCAAGCAAUAUCUAGCAACCGGGGCAAAUGAAGAAAUCCUUCGUACAGUAGAAAAUGCGGCGAUAUAUAUAACACUUGAUGAACGUUGCCCGCAAGAUUCGAAUGAACAAGCCCAGUUUUCAAUGUGUGGAGACUGCAAAACGUGCUGGUUUGACAAAUCUCAAUCUUUGAUCUUCUUCGGGAAUGGCAGAUACAGUAUGAACGUGGAACAUACGUGGGGUGAUGCGCUAGUGGCCGCCCAUGUCUCAGAGUGGGCAAUGGUCCAGGAGUUAGAUAAUGUUUACGAUGAAAGUGGUAACUGCAAACCUCCAGAAAAUGCCAAACUCUCAACAGUGUCUAAGCCAACAAUCUUGCAAUGGCAGGUUAAUGAUGAUCUAAAUUGGCACAUUAAACGCGCCUUCAACUUUCUACGCACGAAUAACGAAGAUUGUGAUGUGGUCGUGACGAACUUUGAUGAAUAUGGCAAAGGAUUCGUCAAGAAACAAAAGAUAAGUCCGGACGCCUACCUCCAGUUAGCAUAUCAACUAGCGUAUUUCCAGAACACAGGCAAAACACCUCUCACUUACGAAUCUUCUAUGACCCGUUUGUUUUUGCACGGAAGGACGGAGACUAUCCGUUCAGCUACACCGGCUUCUGUUGCUUUCGUAAAGGCAAUGGUCCAAAACCACCAUUCAAGAGAACAGAAAAUAUCACUUCUGAAGAAAGCUGCACAAACACAUAGCUUACAGUACAAGGAAAGUAUGACGGGAAAGGCUUGCGAUCGACAUCUGUUUGCCCUAUACAUCAUGUGCAAGGCACUUCAUAGAGAAAGUCCAUUCCUUAAGCACGCACUCUCACUUCCAUUUACGUUGUCAACUAGUCAAACGCCACAGAACCAAGUAAAGAAACCCCCAUACACAAUGGAAACAAGGAAUAAGGCUUCUCCAGGGGGAGGAUUCGGGCCAACCUCUGAUCAAGGUUAUGGAAUUUCUUACAUGUGUCCAGAAGACUCGCGAUUCUUUUUCCACGUGUCAUCAAAAAGAUCUUGUCCAGACACUGACUCAACCAAGUUCUCGGAGUGUAUAUUCACGGCGCUCCGAGAUAUGCGACACCUUCUAGAAGGCUAAACUCCUAAUAUAUAUUUCAAUUACUUACAUAAUAAUGUAAUUUUAGUAUUUGUAAAGAAAUACAGAUAUUACAUAUCGUGUUUUAGUAACACAUACACGAGUGCAAAGUUUUACUGGAAGUACUAUAAAAAGGCAUCAACACCGCUUCACAUAAGAUAGUGUCUUAAGUAGCCUAUUUUUGUAUAUUUUGUUGUUGUAUAUAGGCGUGUUUUAAAUUCGUACCGUGUGUAAAUACUAGAAAUGUAACUGUAAAUAUAAAUAUAACAAAUUUAAUAAUUAAUAUUAAAAAGUUUACUUAUACUCUUGAAAGAAAACAAAAUAUCAGAAACAAAUAAUACCAUUCCUACAUUUUAUGAUUAGCCGUAAACUCAUUGGAAGUUGAUAACCUGUAUGAUACUUCCAACUAAGCAAACAAUUCAGUUUUCAUUGAUGUUUUUAGGGUUUUCAAAAUUUUACCACAAAUGUGGUUGAGGAAAAACAAAGAAAUUUCAAGUCUUCUUAUUUAACUACAAUUAUUCUCUAGGCCUUCCAUUUUGGGCACGUAAUCAAGAUUUUAUAGGGGAUUAACUAUAAGACCUAUAGGUGCUGGGGAGCUAAGACACCAUGGUGGUGUCCAAAUUAGCUUUGAUGGUUAGUAGGGGAACGGGGGUGAACGAACAACUGGAGCUGAAGCAUUAUAGCAUAUAAUAAUAAUAAUAAUAAUUUCAUCAUCAUUUUGACGUCGUUUGAAGCAAAUGGAUGUGUGGUUCACCAUCAUUAGCUUCGUUUGAAAAGGUAGUUCGCUCAAAAGGGGUAUUUAGCCAAACCGUUAGCUACCUCCUUGUUAGGGCCUGUGGUAUUUGUGAACGUUUUUUGUUUACAGUUUGUAAAAACAAAAUAAAUAAAAAUUGUACAGCAUUACAGUUUUGGUAGCAUGUUACUAUGUUGUCCGACAAUCCAACGAAUCUACACGAUAGAGACAUUCCUGACAAAGAUGUGUUUUGUUGUUAGGUGAACAAAAUUGCAAUUCGAAAAUGGGUGUCGUGGCUUCAUAGAACCACAAUUUUAGGUGUUGAUUCCAAACUAGGUAAUUAUCUACACUAUAGAAUCACGCUUUUUGAGGGCCUACUGUACUCAACACUAUAUAUUUUCAGAACCAGAAUCUGUGAGAAUGUUGAGUGCAAAAUCGCAAAAUUAUUAUUCAGAUUAAUUUUUGCUGUUGUUGCAUUUCUGGCACACUGUAUUUGAUGUAUUACACAGAGGAAUCUUUGCAUUUUUUGCAGCUUAUUGGAUUGGCUAUAUUCGGUGAAAACACCAAGGACAAACCACGAAAGUUUAAAGAAGACUUAUUUCCAAUGGAAUCCCCUACUCUAUUCUGAGGAGUGUACCGCAUUCUUCAACGUGCACAUGGGACCAACAGCUUUAAACGUGUAAUUUAAAAGAUGCUACCGUAACUUGCAUUUCAGCCCUCUAGCUCAAAUACAAGGAGAGCAGCGAUGAGAAUUGGACCAGGGACCAAAGGAUCUCCAGGGUUCUGCGCGCGCGCACACACACACACACACACACACUUGCUGCCACCAGUUUAGCCGACUGAGCUUAGCUGCUCUUAUAUUACCGCUUCUACAUCAAAUGAUUAUUGCAUGAUUACUUCUAGACUUGCCACAAGUAACUUAUUUUUUCUCGUUCUGGACAGCACUACCAACGACAAAGUUUAACUUACAGAAUCCUAAUCCGAAAAAAAAGAAAAGAAAUCGAGUAUGGGACGACAAUCAAAUUAGGUAUGGCGCGCACUAAGCGCAAUAAAGAGUGAGUAACCCAAAAUUAGGCCUGUGACACGGGCUAGAAUACUUCCAACUUGUAAGAUUAAAGAUAUCAGAAAACUUUCAAUUUGAUAAAAUUUAUCACACACGAAAAACAUUCUAAAUAAAAUACCAACAUCUACAGGGUAUUAUUAAUUUAAUUGCUUAUUAAAUACUGGUAUAUAUAUUUAAAUUAUAGCCCAGACAUAUAUUUAUAUUGCAUUUUACAUUAAACUUAAAUUUACACCACUUUUUUUCAAAUAUAUACAAUAUUUAAUCUUAUAGAUAGUAUAAUAUUAGUAGCCCUCUUUAAAAUAAGUUGGCCUGUGUAUAGGUUACAAUGUGAUGUGGAUGAGCCCAUCAUUAUAACACCAAUACUAUACCCUUGAACUUAAAGCUAUUGGUGAUAUAUACUACCAAAAUAAACAAUAUAAAACAAUGUAUUUGUUUUUCUUUCCAUACUUGAAAAUGCAAUCUCAUAAAACUUGAAUUGUUAUAUUUUCCCACCCCAAUGGAAAUGAACCUCAUCAAUAUACUUCCCUGCCAAAAAAAAAUUAAUAUACUGUAUUAUAAAUAGGGAAAAA